AUGUACGACUGCCUAUACAAUAUAAAAUCAAGACAUUACAGCGAUAAAAACAUAAAAAAUAACGCUUGGCAAAAAGGAGAAAGAAGAGCGGCCCGUGAAUUCAUCGCGGGCGGGCUCGAAAAGGCGCGCGGAGUCCCGCGACUUCGCGAGCAUUCCAGCGAAUUCUCGAGCAGUCGCGGGAAUCCGCGCACGUUCUGUACCGAGCGGGUCGCUGCGCUUCGCUGCCCUUCGCCGCGCUUUUGGUGUGAAUUGAGCCUUACACAUAAAUGCAUUCUAAUCUGCGCUGCCAAGCAUUUCUCUACUCUAAGCAGCAUGGAAUAUGGAGUAAGAAUCUGCAGCAACGGUAGCUCACUGCCCGACCAGAAGCAGACCCGAAUAUCUGGCGUAGCGUUCUACGCGCGCCUCAUAGAAACAGUAGACCACAACAAGGCUGAUGCUUUUUCGUCGGGGUUGGGGGUCAAGCGCAAUAAGGUACUGCUGCCUCGACCUAAGAGACUGACACGUCCUCUCGCAGUACCCUAG